AUGAAACUCGAUGGAGAACGAAAGUCUUCUUUGUCCACUUCACUCAUGAUUAGAUUCGGAAAUAGUAAGAGACUAAACAAAUAUGUGAUGAAAUAUAAUGGUAGACGAAGGACAGAACCUAAAUUGGGCGCAGUUUUCAAUGAUACUCAUGACAUCGAACGUACUCAGCUUCUGCAUUAUUAUUUUCGAUUCACGUGGAUCUGCGGCUUUUCGAGUCCCGUGCAAGACGUCUUAAAGGCCGGCGGCGCGAGGGUCUUGGAUGUAAGUUGUGGUUCCAAUAAUUUCUUAUUAGAGCUUUCGUCGGAAUAUCCGAAAUCAGAAUUCUACAGUCUUGACUGCGCCUAUAAAUACCCGCCGACAACUCUUCCGCAUGAUAAUGUAAUACCUCAACAAUUCGAUCUCUCAGAGGGCCUCCCGUAUGGGAAUGAGAUGUUCGAUUUUGUUAACAUUCGUUUUGUAAAGCAUUGUUUUAGCGAAACUGAAUGGAGAACUAUAAUCAUGCCAAACAUUGCGAGGGUUGUCAAACCUGGCGGAUGGGUUGAGUUUAUGGACGUUGACGAGAAUGUCUACAACACCGGUCCGGAAACGAGAAGUUUCAUGCGAAUGGUCGAAUCCCCUUAUGGUCUUGCGAAUAAUAAUUAUAGUAAUAAUGACUUUUACGAUCUUAAAAUUGACACACUUCAAGAAAUAAUUCAAUCCGCUCAACCCGAGCUCAGUCCACUGAUCGUUAUGGAAAAGUUGAAUCCCUGGCAUCCCACUCAUUCUUCCACUCACAACGCUGACAUACAUUUAG